AAAAUGGCGGCGUAUAAGUUGGGAUCGAUGAUUGAUUGCAUUAGUAAACCGUAUAAACGCAUGAUUUUACAGAAAAUUCAAGUUCGACAUGGCAGAUAUCCAGCAACGUUUAUUGAUGCAGUACCUAAAAAGAAUGACCUCGAAGAGCUACAAAAAGAAGGUGUUAUGAAGGAAUUAGCGUUUUCUCCAGUGAAGGCAGCACCUAACGAUUUGUCGAGUUCCCUUUUUCGAGAUUCUGUUAUAAAUCACUUUACUAAUAUAGUUAUGAGGAAAGGUCAGAAAAAGCUUGCUCGAGAGCUUGUAGAAGAAACAUUUGUAGCGAUAAAAAGAACACAACUUGCAAAGUUUCAUGCAUCCAGUGCAGAAAGUAAACUAAAUAUAGAAUUAUCUCCCAGAAACAUUUUUCAUCGUGCACUAGAAAACUGCAAACCAAUUAUUAUAUUGACACCCAUCAAGAGAGGAGGCAUGACAUACCAGGUACCUGUUCCUGUGACUCCAAAGCAGUCGACUUUUAUAGCAAUGAAGUGGCUUAUCGAAGCGGGAAAAAACAAGGAAAGAACAGUUCACUUUCCAGAGCAACUGUCUAAAGAGAUUUUAGAUGCUUUUCAUAAUCAAGGUCGCGUGGUCAAACAAAAACAAGAUCUUCAUAAGCAGUGUGAAGCUAAUAAGGCUUUUGCUCACUACCGAUGGUCUUAAACUUUUGUUCUAGGACGUAAUUAUAAAGUAAAUAAAAGAUGUUACUGAUGCAUUCAGAUCUUUUCACUUUGUAUAUAUAUUAUUUUCACUGUACAUUUAGGAAGUAUGUUAUUAGUGUCAUAAGGAUUUAUCUGAUAUAUUGAACUAAAGUCAAUGUUUAUAUACUUUCACCUAAACUUAACCUUUAGUUUUGUAGUGUUUACAGAAGAGAAUAAUAAUGGUGAAAUAAUGCAAAUUACCCAAAUUUUAUGAAUGUUAAAAGAUAAAAUAAAAAUAUGUUUGCAAGAAGCUAUAGCAUAGUUAUUAAAAUUAUGAAUAUUGAAGAGGAUAGAGAAAGAAACAUGAAAUUUGUUAUAAUCUUUUACAAUGAAUUCUUUACUUAGUUUGUUGAAUACUAUUUAAUAGCUAUGGCUUAGAAUCAACACAGGGAUAGACAGUUUCUACUCAGAAAGAAAAAUUUGUAACUUUUUAAAUAUAAAUGAAAAUUAAGGUAUUUUUCUGAAUAAUGUAUUUGUAGUUUUUUGUGUUUGUUCAACUGAAAGGCUUUAUGUAAUUUUAAAAGUAGUGUGUUAUGCUUAAAAUUCUGUGCUGUGUACCAUUGAAUAUUGAGCUUUCUCAACAUUUAUUCAGAUACGUUGCAAUAAGUGUACACCUAUAUUUAUACUGUUCAAGAAUUUUAAUGUUCUGACAAAGCUUUGUUUCAGCAUAAGAGAUUUUUCAUUAUUAUUAGAUUGAGCUAAAGAACAUGUGAAUUUUUCUUGCUGAUUCUAUUUAGUAAAUAACAGAAGGUUUCUUUUACUAAAAGUAAGUUGUAUUUAUCACUCAAAUUAUAAUUUAAAAACAGUAUGAAUUGAUGUUCCUAAUAUACAUAUAUACAAUAGGCUGAAGAAGCCUCUUAAAAAUUUAGAUUUUAAAGGUUUUUGUUGUAGAAACAAAACUCAAAAAUACACAGUAUUCACUGUUAAAGGAUACCAAAUGUUCUCAUAACCUAUAGUCAACAAGGCACCAUUUGAUCCUCAAAAGAAAAAGUAAAAAUGAAACCCAUCCUUUAUUUUUUCAGGAAUGAAUAUAUUCCUCCCUUAUAUUCUCUUGACUACUACUGUUGAAAUUUUAUUCCAAAAGCUAGUCAUUUUAUUAGAAAAAUAAAAUUGCCUUAAUUUGAACUUAGCCCAUCAUUUCCAAAUCAAAUGUCUUAUACUGUUAUGUUUAAAAGUUGGAAUAAAUAAAUCAGAGGGUUUUAUCCAUUUGAUCCCUGGAUAAUCUUGUAAGCUUCAAUAAGAUCACUUCUCAUUCAAGAGAAAAUAAAGAGGUGACUUAUUCCAUCGUAGUAACCCUUUUCUGAACUCUCUUUUCCAGUAAGUUCUUUCUUAUGGUGUUUCAAGUAAGGCGUAGCUACUGAUUUCUAUAGAGAGGUAUUAACUUUUUUUUCUUCAUUAUUAAUCAGUACUUUAUUAAUACCUCUUAAAAUUCUACUAACUUUGCUACUUGCAACACUGUGUCAAGAUUCUUUUCUCCAGUCAUGGUAUUGCAAAUACUUCCAUUAAAUGGUUGUUUCAAUAUAUGGAAAUCCAAAUGCAUUACAUUACACUUAUAUAAUUGAAAGUCAUUUCCCAAAUGUUUUUUGAGUUUCUAAAUUAUUGUAGUCAUUCUGUAGUACAUCACUAUCUUCAAAACAACUAAAAAUACCAAAAUAUUCAAUGUUAUUAGCAAACAUUUACUAAUUGAGUUAUUAACAUGUUUAAAUAACACAAAUCACUGACCCAUUAAGUAACAAAGGACUAGUUUGACUGAACAUUAAUAAUAAAUUAUUGUUUUCUCUCACCUACUUUCCCCACAAUCCAGUUAACUAGUUUCCCCAUCUCCCAUUUAUGUGAUUUACUUAUCUAUUAUUCUGUGUGGCGACUUAUGAAAUCUUGAAAAUCUAAGUACACAAAGUCCACACCCUCUCCAUCAUAUUGAAAACAAGUAAGAACCUCACUAAAAUAAUGUUACAUGUUAGUAAAGCAGUAUUUUCCUUUAGUUAAUCCAUCUUCUCUCUCUCUAAUAUAUAUUUCACUAAAUGAUUUUGCAAACCUUUUAUCUUACUUUCUAGAAAUUUUCCCACUAGAAAGGUAAAACUAACUGGUCUUUAAUUUCCAAGGAAAGUCUUACCACUCCAGAAAGAAGUAACAUUAACAAUUCUCCAGUCCUCGUGCAUCUGCCCACUGUCUGUCAACCUAUCAAAAGUGAAAUAAGAUAGGUUUGCAGGUCUGAUCUUUGGCCUCUUUUAAAAUCCUGAGAAAAACAUUGUGCUGUCCUGUGCUUGUUUUAAUCUUUUUACUUACCAUCAAAGGAUUAACAUUAGAAAUGUUAUUGAAAUCUCUUUUGUAAAAACAGAAGAGAACACUUAAAAACUCGUUAUCUUAUUGUUGUCAACAAAAUCCUUGGUGUUAGUAUUAACAUUAUCAGCCAGCUCUUUCUUAUAAGCUGUUUUGAUUUCUUAAGUUAUAUUUUUAACCAGUUUCCUAGCUUUCCUUUAGUUCUGUAAGUCUUCCAUUUUAUCAGUAAUUUUAAAAUUUUUAAACUUGUAUUAUUUAGCUAUAUUAUUCUCCUUUAAUUAAAUAAUAAUGAGCCAAAUAAGUUUGAUCUUUCUGUUUUUAGUAACUAGCUUACCUUAAAUAAAUUUUAACUCAGUGUCUCAGUUCUAAUGAUAAAUCUUGUGUCAUGACCUCAGAAUUGGUUUUCUGAAAAUUAGGAACUACAAUAUAUUAUGUAACAAAACAUCAAACUUCAUUAUGCAGUUAUUGCUCUUCUCCGAAUGUUAUUCACUUAACUAUUGUAACUACAUCCUGAUUUUUGUUAACAUGAUUAUCGAUGUUCUCAAAAGCUAAUAAAGUUUCAGUAACUCACACUA